AUCAAGAAUCCCAAUCUUCGACAAUCGAUCGUAGCACGUAACAAGAUUAACAAGCAUGUCCGACACAGUCAGAGCCCAGUUCUUUCCCCUACGCCUCCUACUCAUUCCCUAUCAAAUCAUCAGCGGUCUUGUCAACCUCGUCACUGUCGUUUCCAACAUGAUAUACCUUUUUCCCACGCUUCUCUAUGCGCAGUAUACCUUCAAGCCUAAGCCGCUUGAACAACUUCGCCUUGGUGCAGAAUACUACAGAGCUCCUGGUGAGUUUGACCAUAGGACCCCUUGUCCUGGGUUGAACGCAUUGGCGAAUCAUGGUGUGAUUCCUCAUGACGGCAAGAAAGUCAGCCCAGUCGAACUCUACCAUGCACUUCGUGAUUACUACUCCGCCAAUUUUCCCAGCUGCUGGGCUUUGUUGUCCGGCGCCCUCCAAAGCUCUUGGGAUGGCCGCACCAUUGAUCUCGGCGCGUUAUGUCGCCACAACCUGAUUGAGCACGAUGCCUCUCUGACCAGGCCUGACUCCGGUUUUGGAGAUCAGAGGAAGGCUGAUCCCGCCUUGCUGAAGAAAUUCAUCAGCUGCAGUAAGGAUGGGAAGUAUUUGACGAUCGACGACAUUGGAAGGUACAGGGUGGAACGUGUGAGGCAUUCGAAGGAGAUCAACCCAACUUACUCCCUCGACCUACCUCACCGAAUUCUCUCGUACGGCGAACCCACCCUUCUCCUCGACGUAUUCGGUGAUGGCAAGAAAGUUUCUACACAUAUUGUGGAAAGUUUCAUGGCAGAGGAAAGGUUCCCAAAUGGCUACGUCCCGAAGUUGUUGCGCACGAAUAAACCAGGAGAGAGUUUGAGUCUUCUCGGAAGCUGGAGCAAAGCGUUUGCUGUAUCUGUGGCAAUGGCGAAGGCUGAGAAGGAGAUGGCGGGAGAGGAGUUCAAGACUACGGCGAUCACUAAAGCUACAGAGAAGGUGUUGGCUGCUGCAGAUAAUGUCCCUCGCAAGGUGGGGAACAGGACUCAACAACUUUACGAGAAGCUUGAUCCUGUUUGUGAUGGUUUGUCUGGCGAGAAAGAUUUGUGAGUGUGCGCGCGGGUGUCGGUUUGUCGGGAUUUUUUUCUUUUCUUCGUAUACGUUACAGUGUAAGUUUACCUUCAGCUGCAGCUAAGCUCGAAGAAUCUCAUGAUUCAUUGCGGUUGUAUCGCAGAGGGUCAUUGGAGAGAUACAAUAAGCCAUCAACUCCUCACGCUUUUGUU